GAAAGAGGCUCGAUCUCCACCGGUUUGCUUCUCCAGACUCCGUACUCCGUAUGAAAGCCUGACCUACUCUGCACUCAUUGGCCAUGAUUUUCUGCCCACUAUUUUGAACUAUUCGCUCUAGCGGCUGGGAUCUACAGUACGCACCAUGUCGGAACACUGCAAUAUUCCGGGGGAAUGAAAUGUUUAUAUCCACUCAAUAUGCAUUCUUUUUAUAUCCAGGAAAUGCAUUUUAGAACAGCCAGGCAAUAUGAGACGACUCAUCAAGAAAUUCCGCAUGUUACUCAGAACAACGAUCGCAAUAACGACCAGCUUAAACAACUCGCUGCAAUGAAGCCACACGCAUUCAUCCAGAGUGUCAGAAUACGCAGCCCGAUGUCAAAUUGGGGUCUAUAUUCCAAGCCCGGUCUCGAUUGCAACCGUCUCAUAGUUCCCGAGCGAACCAAUGAUCACGAACGCGCUACCUCUAGACACUAAGUCAAACCGGAAUGGGAGGAAUACGACCCCUGCGCUAUAAGGUAACACGAGAAACACCCCUCGUAUCUCAUCGGCUCUCAAU